GGCGCACGGGCAGGGCCGCCCGCGCUCCCACCGCACCCUCACCCGCGGCGGCGGCGGCCACGGAGGCGCCGAGGAGGGGCGAGCGGCCGCCGGGCGGCGGCGUCCCCGCGGCGGAGAGGGCGCCCGAGAGGCGGCGGCGGCGCGGCGCGGAGGGCGGGACGCGCGAUGGCAGCCGCGUAGCCCGGCGCGCGCGGAGCAGCCCCGAGCUGUGGCCGGCCCGGCGGCGCGGCGGCGCGGGGGCCAUGAGCGGCGAGGCGGCCGAGGGCCUCACCUUCUCCGUGCCGCCCCUCGCGCCCCCGGGCCUCUGCGCGCUGGCCGAGGGCGGCCGGCGGGGGGCGGCGGCCGAGGGCCAGGACAGCCCGCUCGCGCCGCCGCCGCCGCCGGGCAGCUUCUGGAACGUGGAGGGCGCCGCGCCGGGCCCCGCGUGCGCGAGCGGCGCCCCCCGGAGCCGGGGCAGCGCGGGCGGCGGCCGGCGGACCACGGUGGCCUAUGUGAUCAACGAGGCGAGCCUGGGGCCGCUGGCGGCGGCGGAGAGCGAGGCCCUGCAGAGCCUGCGGGAGGCGUGCGAGGCGGCGGGCGCCGCCCUGGAGACCCUGCACUUCGGGAAGCUGGACUUCGGGGAGACGGCGGUGCUGGACCGCUUCUACAACGCAGACAUUGCUGUGGUGGAGAUGAGUGACGCCUUCCGGCAGCCAUCCCUGUUUUACCACCUCGGGGUGAGGGAGAGUUUCAGCAUGGCCAACAACGUCAUCCUCUACUGCGACAGCAACUCCGACUCUCCGCAGUCGCUGAAGGAAAUCAUUUUCCAGAAGAAUACUAUGUGCACCGGGAACUAUACGUUCGUUCCCUACAUGAUCACACCGCACCACAAGGUCUACUGCUGCGACAGCAGCUUUGUGAAGGGGCUGACGGAGCUCAUGCAGCCCAACUUCGAGCUGUUCCUCGGGCCCAUCUGCUUGCCUCUCGUGGAUCGCUUCCUUCAGAUUUUGAAGGUGGCACAGGCGAGUUCCAGCCAGUAUUUCCAGGAAUCUAUACUCAAUGAUAUCAGGAAAGCUCGUAAUUUAUACACUGGCAAAGAACUGGCGGCUGAAUUGGCAAGAAUUCGGCAGCGAGUAGAUAAUAUUGAAGUCUUGACACCAGAUAUUGUCAUCAAUCUGUUACUUUCCUACAGAGAUAUCCAGGACUACGACUCGAUCGUGAAGCUGGUGGAGACGCUGGAAAAGCUGCCGACCUUUGACCUGGCCGCCCAUCACCACGUGCAGUUCCAUUAUGCAUUUGCGCUGAACAGGAGAAAUCUCCCUGGAGACAGAGCAAAGGCUCUUGACAUCAUGAUUCCACUGGUGCAAAGUGAAGGGCAGGUUGCUUCAGAUAUGUACUGCCUCGUUGGUCGGAUCUAUAAAGACAUGUUUUUGGACUCCAAUUUCAUGGACACUGAAAGUAGAGACCGCGGAGUUUCUUGGUUCAAAAAGGCGUUUGAAUCUGAGCCAACACUCCAGUCAGGAAUUAACUAUGCCGUCCUCCUCCUGGCCGCUGGGCACCAGUUUGAAUCUUCCUUUGAGCUCCGGAAAGUUGGGGUGAAGCUAAGUAGCCUUCUUGGUAAAAAGGGAAACUUGGAAAAACUCCAGAGCUACUGGGAAGUCGGAUUUUUUCUGGGGGCCAGUGUCCUGGCCAAUGACCACCUGAGAGUCAUUCAGGCAUCUGAAAAGCUUUUCAAACUGAAGACACCGGCAUGGUACCUCAAGUCUAUUGUAGAGACAAUUUUGAUAUAUAAGCAUUUUGUGAAACUGACUACAGAACAGCCUGUGGCCAAACAGGAGCUCGUGGACUUCUGGAUGGAUUUCCUGGUCGAGGCCACCAAGACAGAUGUUACGGUGGUUAGGUUUCCAGUACUGAUUUUAGAACCAACCAAAAUCUAUCAACCUUCAUAUUUGUCUAUCAACAAUGAAGUUGAGGAAAAGACGAUAUCUAUUUGGCACGUGCUUCCUGAUGACAAGCAAGGUAUACAUGAGUGGAAUUUUAGUGCUUCUUCGGUCAGAGGAGUGAGUAUUUCUAAAUUUGAAGGACGAUGCUGUUUUCUUUAUGUGCUUCAUAAUUCUGACGAUUUCCAAAUCUAUUUCUGUACAGAACUUCAUUGUAAAAAGUUCUUUGAGAUGGUGAACACCAUCACGGAAGAGAAGGGGAGGAGCGCGGAGGAAGGCGACUGUGAAGCUGACUCCCUGGAGUAUGACUAUGAAUAUGAUGAAAGUGGUGACAGAGUCGUUUUAGGAAAAGGCACCUACGGGAUCGUCUAUGCAGGUCGAGACCUGAGCAACCAAGUCCGGAUCGCUAUUAAGGAGAUCCCAGAGAGAGACAGCAGAUAUUCCCAGCCUCUGCAUGAAGAAAUCGCAUUGCAUAAGCAUCUGAAGCACAAGAAUAUCGUCCAGUAUCUGGGCUCUUUGAGUGAGAAUGGUUUCAUUAAAAUCUUCAUGGAGCAGGUCCCAGGAGGAAGUCUUUCUGCUCUCCUUCGUUCCAAAUGGGGCCCAUUGAAAGACAAUGAGCAAACAAUCGGCUUUUAUACAAAGCAAAUACUCGAAGGAUUAAAAUACCUCCAUGACAAUCAGAUAGUUCACCGGGAUAUAAAGGGUGACAAUGUGUUGAUUAAUACCUACAGCGGUGUCCUCAAGAUCUCCGACUUCGGGACAUCAAAGAGGCUGGCUGGCAUAAACCCGUGUACUGAAACUUUUACUGGUACCCUUCAGUACAUGGCACCAGAAAUCAUAGACAAAGGCCCGAGGGGCUACGGGAAGGCAGCAGACAUUUGGUCUCUGGGCUGCACCAUCAUCGAAAUGGCCACAGGAAAACCGCCCUUCUAUGAGCUGGGAGAGCCCCAAGCUGCUAUGUUCAAGGUGGGGAUGUUUAAAGUCCACCCAGAGAUCCCGGAGUCCAUGUCAGCAGAGGCCAAGGCGUUCAUACUGAAAUGUUUUGAACCAGACCCUGACAAGAGAGACGGUGCUAACGACUUGCUUCUUGAUGAGUUCUUAAAAGUUUCAAGCAAAAAGAAAAAGACCCAGCCUAAGCUUUCAGCUCUUUCAGUGGGAUCAAACGCAGAGUACCUCCGGAGCAUCUCCCUGCCAGUCCCUGUCCUGGUGGAGGACACGAGCAGCAGCAGCGAGUACGGCUCUGUCUCCCCCGACACGGAGCUAAAGGUGGACCCCUUCUCCUUCAAAACCAGAGCCAAGUCCUGCGGAGAAAGGGACGUCAAAGGAAUACGGACGCUCUUUUUGGGCAUUCCAGAUGAAAACUUCGACGAUCACAGCGCCCCCCCUUCUCCUGAGGAGAAGGAUUCCGGGUUCUUCAUGCUGAGGAAGGACAGCGAGCGCCGGGCCACGCUCCACAGGAUCCUGACAGAAGACCAAGACAAAGUUGUGAGAAACCUGAUGGAGUCUCUGGCUCAGGGGACCGAAGAACCCAUACUAAAGUGGGAGCACAUCACAACCCUCAUCGCAAGCCUCAGAGAAUUUGUGAGGUCCACUGACCGAAAGGUCAUCGCCACCACGCUGUCCAAGCUGAAGUUGGAGCUGGACUUUGACAGCCAUGGCAUCAGUCAAGUCCAGGUGGUUCUCUUUGGUUUCCAAGACGCUGUCAAUAAAGUUCUUCGGAAUCAUAACAUCAAGCCACACUGGAUGUUUGCCUUAGACAGUAUCAUCCGGAAGGCAGUGCAGACGGCCAUUACCAUUCUGGUUCCAGAGCUGAGGCCCCAUUUCAGCCUUGCGUCCGAGAGUGACACCGCCGAUCAAGAAGACUUGGAGGCAGAAGAUGACCAUGAGGAGCAGCCCUCAAAUCAGACCGUCCGAAGACCCCAUGCCGUCCUCGACGAUGCUGUGGCCACCUCGGGGGUGAGCACGCUCAGCUCCACGGUCUCGCAUGAUUCCCAAAGCGCACACCGGUCGCUGACCGUCCAGCUCGGGAGGAUGAAGAUAGAAACAAACAGAUUACUGGAGGAAUUGGUUCAGAAAGAGAAGGAAUUACAAGCACUCCUUCAUCAAGCAAUUGAAGAAAAAGACCAAGAAAUCAAACACCUGAAGCUCAAGUCCAAACCGAUAGAUAUCCCUGGAUUGCCUGUGUGUGACCUAAAUUCUCCUGGCACAAGUACUGAAGAUUCUGAACUUACUGAGUGGCUGAGAGAAAACGGAGCUGAUGAAGACACUAUAAGUCGGUUUUUGGCUGAAGACUAUUCACUAGUGGAUGUCCUCUACUAUGUUACACGUGAUGAUUUAAAAUGCCUGAGACUAAGGGGAGGGAUGCUCUGCACGCUGUGGAAGGCCAUCUCUGACUUUCGAGACAAACAGACUUGACUGUCCCGCACCAGCUUUCCGUGGACAGUCUAAAGAUGGAUACAGACCUGAUCUUCUUCGGGAGGGAGAGUCGAAGGGAGAGGAGAAAGAAGCUGCACUUUAAAUCCAGUAUUUGUUUACUCGUGUUAAAAAAAAAGAAUACACUGAAAUUUCCUAACUGCUUCUAUUUCUGUAAUUCAUUAAGAACUCUUUGUAAAGACUCUCAAAAUAAUCCUAAACAUCCCAAUGUUGUUAAACAUCCUCAUGUUUAGGAUUAUUUCAGUCUAAACCUUUUUAUGGAAAUAUUUUUAACUCAGCAGCUAUUGCACUUCAGCCAGAUGUUUACUUCACAGGCGACGAAUACAGCGUUUCACGUGAGUGUACAUCACUGGAACAGAACCAGAAUGUGACCAUAGCUUUUAGGCUUCAGUGUGUUUGUAAUAUGCCCUGAGAAUCUGAGUAGAAAUGCAUAAUUUCAAUUAUUGUAUAAAGUUUGUUUUUUUUAAGUGUGCAGAAUCUGAGAGCAGUGGUUUAUACUUGUCUGUAUUAACUGUAAUAUGACUGUAUUUUGUAACUUAAGUCUCUGGCCUGUAGCACAUCCGUGUGAGCCCCUGUGUACUACUGAACUGUACCAGUUGCACAUGCCUGAAUCUUAGUAAUGUUGGCUUGUUCUAAAGCUGUCCCUUGUGUCAUAUUUACCCUAAAAAGUAAAAAGACUCUCAACAGCCUGUUUUGAUAAAUUCUAAAGGAUUCUUAUUUUGUUUUGACAAACAAAAUAACUACUGUGUUAAAUUUCUAGUCGUUUUUUCAGCUCUCACAUUAAAUAGAAUCUGUCUUUUAUUGGAGUAAUCCAAGAACAACUGAUACCCAAGUUGUUGCUCAGGGCAACAGAGGGGUGAGAGAAGACAAAGAAAAAAGAGAAUAAAAGAAAGCCAGUGUAUUUUUCUCGAGGCUCCA